AUGGCUUUCAAUCAGCGCCCACCCCGAGGCCCCGCGCAGGCUGGAGGUGCCCCGAACAUGGCCCCGGACUUCAAUGCUAUGCUUCAGCGCUCUAUGCAGGCACCUGGACAGCUACAGCCCCAGGUCUCAGAGCCUCCACGAGGGCCAUCACCGUCUAUUGGCUACGAAGGCGUAUAUAGUGCCACUCCACCACCGCAACAUGGUCCAAAUGUGCUUGGUGGUGCACGAGGGCAGGCGCCGCCGCCAGUACUACCCGUUGAUCUCCCACCGCAGGCCUUCUUGACUUCGGCAAUGCUGCUGGAUAUGGUGGACAAGAAGGUUGACGUGUUACUGCGCGACGAGAAAGAGUACAUUGGUAUACUACGGUCAUACGACCAAUUUGCCAAUCUUGUUCUCACGGAAUGCUACGAGCGAAUAGCAGCCCGCAACCCUGACGCAUCACCCUCUUCCGACCCCUCUAUCCCACGUUGGCUGAUACACGACGUCAAGCUUCCUGGUGUAAUGACUGUAAGAGGCGAGAACGUCACCAUAUGCGCAACCGUCGACCUCGACCGAGAAGAGCACCCGAAAGGCGCAAUGUUCGCCGAGGAAGAUCAAGUGCGGGCGCUGGCAGCGGCCCAAAAAGCAGAGAAAAAGGAAACCGAUUCGCGGAAAGCCAAGGCGUUGAAGCAGGCUGGCAUUGAGCCUGGAUUUGGCAUGCAAGGGUAG